CAGCCACGCCGCACACGGACUGCCGGCCGUGCACGGUCGUGACGAGGGCGCGCAGCUGGACCCGCGAAGACAAUUAAUUCCUGUUCGUGGACAUAAAAGCUUUGACGAAUGGUCUGGCCGUGACGUCACAUAAUGCUGUGGUGGAGCAUUGGCGCCAAAAGUGAAGCAUGGUGACGGAGCGUCUGCCCUUCCGGGCCCAGCGGGACUCGGAUGAAGGUGUCAUGCACGUGAACGUAGGUGGGCUGAGGCGGAGCGUCUGCCGCAGUGCGCUGAAGAACUUCCCGGACACCAGACUGGGAAAGCUUCUGGAAUGUGACACGGAAGAGGACAUCUUGCAGGUGUGUGAUGACUACGACGGGCAUCAGAAAGAAUUUUAUUUUGACAGGAAUCCUGGAUUGUUCCCAUACGUGCUCAACUUCUACCAGACGGGAAAACUUCACAUCAUGGAGGAAUUGUGCAUCUUCUCCUUCAGUCAGGAGUUGGAGUACUGGGGAAUCAGCGACUUCUUCCUGGACAGCUGCUGCAGCUUCCGUUACCAUGACCGCAAGCUGGAAAGCAGUCAACGUCGCAGCUGGGACGAUGACAGUGACGCCAGCAGCUUGGACACGCUACCGGAUGAGAUUUCCGACCUGAAUAGGGACAUGCAGCACUUCCAGGAGGUGCGCUGCGGGAACAUCCGCAAGUGUUUGUGGCUCACUCUGGAAAACCCGGGAUACUCCAUUCCGAGCAAGCUCUUCAGCCUGCUCUCCAUCAGCGUGGUGCUCACCUCCAUCUCCACUAUGUGUAUCAACAGCAUUCCUGAAUACCAGAUGAUUGACUCUGAGGGGAAUCUGAUGGACGAUCCCACGAUGCACACGCUGGAGGUGUUGUGCAUGUGCUGGUUCACUUUUGAGGUGGUAAUGCGCCUCCUGCUGGCACCAAACAGGAAGAGGUUCUUCCAGCAUCCUCUCAACAUCAUCGACAUGGCGUCCAUCCUUCCCGUCUACAUCACACUGGUCUGCGACAUGGUGCUGGGAACGCCGUCAGAACUCGGAGACUUGGGACGCAUCAUCCAGGUCUUCAGGUUGAUGAGGAUCUUCAGGGUGCUGAAGUUGGCCCGACACUCCACGGGACUGCGCUCGCUGGGGGCCACGCUCCGGCACAGUUACCGUGAGGUGGGCAUUCUGCUGCUCUAUCUCGCCGUGGGAGUGUCUGUCUUUUCUGGAAUGGCCUACACCGCCGAGUACGAGGAGGACGUGGGCCUGGACACCAUCCCGGCAUGCUGGUGGUGGGGGACGGUGACCAUGACCACGGUGGGCUACGGGGACGUGGUGCCCGUGACGGUGCCGGGCAAGCUGGCAGCCAGCGGCUGCAUUCUGGGCGGCACCCUGGUCGUGGCGCUGCCCAUCACUAUCAUCUUCAAUAAGUUCUCGCACUUCUAUCGGCGCCAGAAGGCGCUGGAAGCUUCUGUACGCAACGGCAACAGCAGCCACCGCCGCAGGAAGACACCAAGCUGCGGGGACGAAGAGGGCCAGGAAGGGGCGGGGUCGGAUGAUAAUGAUGUACAAUACGAGGAUGACGGCGGUGGUGUGAUCAACUACAGCUACGUGGAGGCAGAGUCACGUCAGCUGUGACGAGACGCUAAUUUGAUGAGACCUCAGCGUGACAACGACCGAAGAAGAAGCAUAAAAAUAACAAGAUUUGUGUUUAUUCUUUCCACAAAUAAAAGACAUCAAACAUCAGCAGCAGUUUUAAGGCAGCAACAUUUCAACCAAACUCAGCAAAGCACAAGUUUUCGAAAGGACUUCCCUUUGCAUCAAAGCAGUCAAAAUGGCGGACAAGAACGCGCCUCGCUCACGUUUACCAGUUCCAAACACGAGGUUGCCAUAUUGCUCGUGCACGGUGGCGUCCGUAUUUGUGGCGCUCAUGUUAAUCCAGUGUUUCUGACUUGACAGCGUCUCAAAUGCAAUCCUUCCAUCUGUACACUUCGAUAAGUAUACAGCGUACAGUGUGUACUUAGUUCCUGAGUGUGCACAUUUUUGACAGUUUACCGUCAUUGUGGACUUAGCAAGAAUGCCAUUAUUCAAAAUGGCGGCUCUUUAGUACAGUGUUUUUCAACCUUUUUUGAGCCACGGCACGUUUUUUUACAUUGGAAAAAUCUUGUGGCACACCACUAACCAAAAAUGUUACAAAAUGUCACCACGACCUCACACGUGCAUCAAUAAGUCUAUCGGAGGAACAAGGUAGGUGUUGCCACACGGACCAAUAUUACAUUGCUCUGCCAGUCUUUACACCACAGACACUCCACAGUAGCAGAAGAAGAACGCAC